AUGCAUCGAGCCGUAGGAAUAGACACGUCGCCACCUUCAGCGCGAUGGAUGAAGGACAGGCUGGACCGCGACUUCUUCAAGAGGUCUGUUGAGGUCGUCGGCGCAAAAGUUCCGGCGGAAAAGACUGGACCUGCUCUGACGGCUCUUCAACCGAAGAGGGCCGUGUUGCGCAUACCAAAAAUCAAAACUGCCGUGCCGCUUCCGUCAGGAGACCGUCUAAUUCUGCUCAAUUACUCGAAAGCAGCCGAUGUCGCGCCCGAUGUGAAGUCGUACUUGGAUACUUUGCCUGCUGAACUUUUAUCGCACCAUGUCGACUUGGAGUACGACUAUUGGACCGCAGAGGAGAUUCUCCAUGCGAUACUACCGGAGGAACUCUGCGACGGUGCUCCCGCAGGCUUUGCUAUGACCGGCCAUAUCGCUCACAUGAACCUAAACGAUGAAUACCUCCCUUACAAACAUAUGAUUGGUCAGGUUAUCCUAGACAAAAAUCCCGCUGUUCGGACAGUGGUAAACAAACUUGACAGCAUCGACCAUCAGUUCCGUUUCUUCAAGAUGGAGCUGCUCGCCGGAGAACCGGAUUACGUUGUAGAACACCACGAAUCUGGCUGUCGUUUCACGUUCGACUUCACCCAAGUGUACUGGAAUUCGCGUUUGCACACGGAGCAUGAUCGACUCGUUCAGUCGUUCAAAUCCGACGAUAUCGUCGCCGACGUCUUCGCGGGCGUUGGCCCUUUCGCUGUGCCCGCGGCUAAGAAAGGCUGCGCAGUCCUCGCCAAUGACCUGAACCCGAACAGCGCAAAAUACUUGCAGAAGAAUGUCGACGACAACAAGGUCGGAGAUUUGGUCCGUGUCUCCUGUGAGGAUGGCCGGGAUUUUAUCCGGACAGCUGUUACUCGGGUACAGACGAACCCAUUUCCUCCUUACAAAGGCCCGAAGCCCAGCAGAUCUCAAGAGAAAUCUCGCCGUCGUGCUAUGCCCGCGGCAGAUGUGGCGACACCCAUAGAGCGGCAGCCGCGACAAGUCAUUACCCACUUUGUGAUGAACCUACCGGACUCUGCUAUCACAUUUCUUGAUGCCUUCCGUGGGAUAUACACGGGUGCUCUACCGGAGUUCUCGGAGAUCGUAUCGGAGAGUGGUAACCAGCUUGUCGCCUCCAGUAGGCUGCCCAUGAUUCAUUGUCAUUGCUUCACGCGGGAGUUGGAAGCGGAAAAGGCGGAGGCUGACAUUCGCCAAAGAGUGCAGGUGACGAUGGGGGCGCCGUUGACGGAGGAAGUGUCGUUGCAUCUCGUACGCUCCGUCGCGCCAAAUAAACACAUGUACUGCAUAAGCUUCAGGCUGCCAGCGGCCGUUGCGUUCAACACUCCUUGA